CAUGUGCGACCGAAUUGGUCACAACCUAGAGCACUGAGAUGGGUGACCAAAGAUAAAUUUGAAGUUAAUAUAUAAUAUUUUUCAGACUAAUGCUACGUUCAAACUGCAGAGCAUGAUUCGCAAUUCAGAUUUUUUUUUGUUAAAUCCAAUCUUUCACAUUACUAAAAACAAAUGCGGCCUCUACUCUGGUCGAAUGCGUCCGAGACAUCACACGCAUGCGCACACACCAGGACGUCACAUUGCGCGUGCGCACAAACACGAGUCGCUGUGUUGUGUGAUGUGGCCCCUAGCGUAGGUCUCGUCAUGACGAACUUGAGGUGAUUUCAAUAAUUUUGUGCAACCGGAGCCAACAUUUUCUUACACUUAUCAGUUAUAAAGCAUCUACUUUUCCCCUCUAACUUUUUUCUGCUGCGUCGUCUGCCGUUGUCAGUUUGUGGCGUGUCUGUUUUGUUGAACCAUUGUGACGUUUGUCGCCAUCUGAUGACGUACACGUCGGAUGCGCGCCCCAUGUGCGUCCAUACUGCACUCGCGUCGCAUACAUAUCCGAUUUAUAUCCACAUAUGAAGAGGCCUGGGUUAGAUAUGAAAAAAAUUGGAAUUAUAUUGUUCACGUUGACAUGAGAAAAUCAGAUUCAAGUCACAUUGGGCAAAAAAAUCGGAAUUGACCUGCAGUGUGAACAUUGCCUAAGUGAGUGAAAUUGUUACUUUCCCCUCACAUGCCUGAUAGUUUGGAAACACUGCUAUGUACUGUUGGACCAAUGGUGAGUGCGGAUUUUGUUACCAUGACAACCGGCAGGGGGAGGAGCUACGGGACUCGACAGGCAAGCAAGCAUCGUCUACUUGUGGAAGCACAGAGCCCAGAGUGUGGGCAAUAUAGCGAGCCCCAGACUCCCCUGCCGUGUUCACAGCAUCACCGAGCAAUCAAGAAAUGACCUAGAGGCCUUACAGAUACAUUUGCGCUCUUGUCGAUGUAAUCUGCAUCAGCGGGCGAGUCCCACCCACCUACCUCAGCCAGCACACAGACGGGAAAAGCACGAACCCCAUCGAACGGGUGUGGUGGACACACGGAGCUGAGUGACGCUUUUGGAGAAGAGCACCUUGAGACGGACUGGAUCCGCCUCAUCCUCACAAUCCGGAAUCUAUUUGCAUGUUUUUUUUAAACAUUUUGUGACCCCCAUGCUGUUGACCAGUGUUUUGUUUUGCUCAUUUUUGCUUUCAAUCUGAUUAUUUUCUAUUUUCAUCAGUGAAGGGUUUCUAUAUGUACAAAAGCUACAGACUGUAUGAAGAAUUUUCUUUUGUCCCUCUUCUAAAGGAAGGCUAAUGCACUUUUAAGCUUGGCUCUAGGAUCCGUUUAUGUGAGCCUGAACCAGAAUCUUGGAGGCAUGCGUUUUUUUAUAUGCAGCUGGCCUGCAUAUAAGCACUUCACAUAGGCCCCCGCCACUCUCAGCUUGCCACCCCUGCCUUUGGCUUCCCCCAAGGCAUCCUGAGAUGAGCCUCUGGCAGGCAGAAUCCCUCAGUGGUCUUUUUACGUGACCAGGACUGUCGUAUUGAGCAUUUCCUUGUGCGUUUGAGAGGAUUUUAUUUUAUUUUUUGGGGGGUAAACUAAACAAACAGGAUCGUCCGGUGCUGGUGCACCACCUAUGUAUUGUUGCAGUGCGCAGCAAAGUAAAAUGGACUACAAGCGUCGCUUUUUGCUCGGCGGGUCCAAGCAGAAAGUCCAACAGCACCAGCAGUACCAGAUGCCUGAGUUGAACCGGACCCUUAGCGCCUCACUGGCCUCCUCCUGCUCGGCCACCUCUCCCAUGGGUGUACCUGACGGCUGCCACCCCUCCUCUUCAACCGCAGUGGCCGACAUCCAGCAGGGCAUCUCCAAGUACUUGGAUGCCCUCAACGUGUUCUGCCGGGCCAGCGCCUUCCUCACCGACCUGUUCAGCAGCGUGUUCAGGAACUCUCAUUACUCCAAAGCGGCUAUGCAACUGAAGGACGUGCAGGAACAUGUCAUGGAGGCGGCCAGCCGCCUGACGGCGGCCAUCAAGCCCGAAAUUGCCAAGAUGCUGAUGGAGCUGAGCGCCGGGGCCGCCAACUUUAAAGAUCAGAAUGACUUGAACUUGCAAGAUGUUGAGGUCCUGGGUCGGUGCUUCUUGACAGUGAUGCAGGUUCACUUCCAGUUCCUUUCGCAGACCUUGCAGAAGGUCCAGCCAGUGGCCCAGUCCUGCCUGGCUGAGGCUCUGGCGCAGGCCCAGGAGCGCUCUGCCAACGUUCGGGCCCAAAGCGCCGAGCUCGGGCCGCUCACGGAGCUGGAGGAAGCCUCCCGCUCCUGGAAAGGUGCAGCUGAGGCCACGGCGAGGCUGCGGGAGAGGGGUCGUGACGGCUGCUUGGCAGGCCUCCAGGUCCAGCAGCUCUUCUGCUCACACAAUACCAACAUCCCUGAGCACCAGCUGAAGGACCUCAACAUGAAGAUCGACAGUGCUUUACAGCCAUCCAUCCAUCCAUCAUCCAGUCUUUUCACUCAUCUAUCCAGCCGCCUAUCUGUAAUGUUGUUAAUGGAGUUCCACUGGCUUGAGUGUCUCUCCCGUCCGCAGGCGUACAAGGCAGCGUUGGAGAGCCUGGGCCAUAGUGAGUACGCGCUGAAGGCCGGCUUCCAUCUCAACCCCAAAUGCGUGGAGGCAGCCUUGCAGGGCUGCUGCGGCGAGGCGGAAGCGCAGCAGGCGGGCCGGAUGCAGACCACCUCCCAGCCCAUCCAAUGCGAGCUGCCCACCAUCCCCGUGCAGAUUGGUUCGCAUUUCCUCAAGGGCGUGUCCUUCAACGAGUCAGCGGCGGAGAACCUCAAACUGAAAAUGCAAACCAUGCUGCAGCUAAUUAAGGAGGCGCUGGGCCAAAAUGGGGUGACCCCCAGGGACGACUCCCCCGUCACCGAAGUGCUCAACCAAGUGUGUCCAUCCAGCUGGAGGGGGGCCUGCAAGACGGCCGUCCAGCUGCUGUUUGCUCAGGCUGGUUUGGUGGUGGUCGACACGGCUCAGAUUGAGAACAAGGAGUUGUAUGCACCUCACAUCACCCUAGAAGGAUCAAGGCUGGUGGUCCAGGUUCCUUCCACGUGGUGUCUGAAGGAGGACCCGGCAACAAUGUCCUUGCUCCAGCGUAGCCUUGACCCAGAGAAGACGCUCGGGCUCGUCGAUGUGCUCUACACAGCUGUGUUCGACAUCAAUAGAUGGAAGGAGAGGAAAGAGCAAUCCUUGCCGACUAUCCAGAUUCAGCUGCAGCGGGAGAACCCGGACUUUGGCGGCCAUGCAGAUUUGCCGCCGGGCACCAGCUCCAAGACCUCGAGCGGCCUCCCCAAAACCAUCUCCAAGCUGACGUCCAAGUUCACCAAGAAGGUUUCGUCCACCUCCAACAGCGGCGGCAGCUAUUCAAUCCCCAGCACGCCGUCCCGCAGCAUGCUGACGUGCAGCGGCUCCGAAGACAAGGCUAAGACCUUGGGCCACAGCGAGGGCCGGCUCCACAGCCUGCUGCAGAUGGGUGCCGGCCCUGAAGCGGGCCCCCAAAAUCCACUGAUGAAUGGUUUGGCAUGUGACGAGCAGGGCAUGAACCUUCCGACGGACCAGGAGAUGCAGGACGUCAUCGACUUUCUUUCAGGGUUUAACAUGGGCAAAUCCCAGCAGGCAUCCCCGCUCGUCAAGAGGAGGAACUCUGUGGCGUCCGCCAACCCCGCUGAGCUCAAACCCCCUGCCGGCCCUUCACCAACUUCCUCGGUUAUUUCUCACGGCACGCAGAGCCUGUCCCAACCCCAGGCUCAGCCUCCGACACCGCCAUCACAACAACAACCACCACCACCUCUGCCUGUGUCCCAGCAGCCCUCCGCCCAGGCCCUGCAGUACUACCAGCACCUCCUGCAGCCCAUAGGCCAGCAGCAACCGACACCGCCCCCUCAGCUUCCUCCCCCGCAGCAAAGGGCGGCCAGCAAGUGGCUGGGUACGUCCGGCCAGCAACCUCCACCAGGAGGGUUGUCACCCCUGGGUCCCAUUGGCCAGUGGGGGGGCUCCCCUGGGCUGCCGGACCUGAGCUCGGACCUGUACAGCCUAGGCCUGGUGAGCACGUACAUGGACAGCGUCAUGUCCGAGGUGCUGGGCCAGAAGCCUCAGGGGCCCCGAAACAACACGUGGCCCAACAGAGAGCAGAGUGACGGCGUCUUCGGCGUCCUAGGAGACGCGCUGCCUUUUGACCCCGCAGUGGGCUCCGAUCCGGAGUUUGCCCGCUACGUGGCCGGCGUGAGCCAGGCCAUGCAACAGAAGCGUCAGGUGCAGCACCCGCGUCGCCCCAGCAACCCUCGCAGCAACUGGCCUAUGCCCGAUGAGCAGCACAGAACGUGGGCGCACCCUGAGUACUACAGCGAGGGCGAGGCGGUCAACAGCGGCUGGUCGGCCAAUCAGGGAGACUCUGCCAGCUCCAGCGACGAGACGUCCUCCGCCAAUGGAGACAGCCUCUUCUCCAUGUUCUCUGGACCCGAUCUCGUGGCGGCGGUCAAGCAAAGAAGGAAACACAGCUGUGGUGAGCCGGAAGCGUGCACCCUGCCCUCGCCAGGCCUCCAUCAUGUCGCUGACGACAACCAGGACAGCAAAACGAAAACGUGGCCUCCCAAAGCUCCGUGGCAGCCCUCCGCCCACGGCGGCGUGACCAAUCCCAGCUCUUCCUUGUACCACCAGAUGAACCUCCCGCCGCCCUCGUCCUCGUCGCAGUGGAGCGACUCCAUGCAGAUGCUGCAGUCGCCAGUGUGGUCUGCGGCCGGCGGCGGCGGCGACUGCUCGCCUUCGGCCGCCGCCAUCGCCUCGCCGUUCCCCUUUGCCCAGCAGCAGCAGCAGCAGCAGCAGCUGAAAGGCAUGAAGGCCUUCAAGUCGUUCCCCUUGAAACACGAGCACAGGUCCUCCUUCCUGCACCAGUACUGAGCCAGACGCUACACAUACUACACGCUACAGUAAACACACUGGCUCCAUCUAUGACACCCUUCGACGUUCUUUUGCAUACGCUACAUUUCGACAAGGAUUAUCAGGGCCAUGCUGACAGGAAAAAUACAUCCCUCUACCACCAUAAAGACACAAUUACCGCAUUAAAUUCCCACAAAAUAAAAUCUAACUUCAUGGGGGGAAAAAAAAUGUAAUUUUACAAAAAAGAAGUCAGAACUUUACGAAAAAAGGACAGUCAAGUCGGAACUUGAAUGGAGAAAAAAAGCAUCAAAAUUGGCGAGAUUUUUUUCUUCAAAUAUAAACUAAAAAUAUAAAAAAAUAUACAUUUACAUUCAUUUUAAAACAAAAAAAAAAUAAUUCUAUUUUUGGGACAAUAUAAAGUUAUAAUCAGCUCUUACAAGAAUUCAAACAAAAUUUUAGAUAUUUUCUCACAAAUAUAGUACCAGCUUAAAUGUUAAAAUGUUUUAUAUAUACAUAUUUACAAAUUUACAAUGUAUAACAAAAUUUUCGUCUUAUGACAAAACAUUCAAUCAAUGAAACAGUCAAUAAUUAAAAGAAAAAUAUUUUGGUUACAAACUUGUAACUUGAUUCUCGUCAAAUGAUGUCUUCUUUCGUUAAAGAAAAAGUCGUAACUUUACCAUAAAAAAAAGUAGAAUGUAGUCAUUUUAUGAGAAUACUGUCAGAAUUUACCAAGAAUCAAGUUGAAAUUUGAGAAAUGUUUUUCAAAAAGUUUGGGAUUCAUUCUCGUAACAUAUUCAUGUAAAGUUAAUUGUCGUAACGUCAUUAGAAAGAAGUCGAACUGUAAGAGUCAGAGCUUUUUGACAGGAAUGUAUCUUUACGAAAAUAAAAUCAGAACUCUGUGAGAACGAUUUAAUUUGCGUGAAUAAAGUUGUAACUUAUCCGAAAUAAUAAUAAUAAAUAAAAAAAUAUUUUAUAAAAAUAGUCAGAAUUUAAGUAAUUUUUCCCAAAGUUCUGACUUCAUUGUGGUAAAAUGUCUUUUUUUUUUUAAAUCAUAGUUACAAUUAUGUAAAAUUCGCAUUUCGUUCUUGUAGUAGCACGACUGCUUUUUUUUGUAAAGUUUGGUAUUUUCUCUCACAACGUUCUUUAUAAGUCGGACUCUUGUCACGUAAUAUUACAUGGUUUCAUAUCUGACUUUUUUCUUGGAAAAAAAACAAGACUUAUUCUCUUAACAUUGCAACUUUUUUGCUUGUUUCGUUCGAGUUUUGUUUUUCUCUCAUAUUACGACUUUAUUAUCGUAACGUUACACACUUUUCCUUAACAUUAAAACUUGUUCCUCUUGUAACGCAAAAACUUUUUUGCUCCUUGUUUGCAUGUAAAAUGACUGUUCAUAACCACAUUUUCCUCAUGACUUUUUGUCAGUAUGACGUUUGGGAGGAAAAAAGACAAUUCACUUAACAUUAUGACUUUUUUGCUUGUUACUUUAUGAUUUCAUUCUUGUAACAAUUUCUCGCAAAAUCAUGACCUUAUUCUCAAAACAUUUAUAACAAGACUUUUUCCCCCCUUUUUUGCUCAUUACUUUACGACGUUUAGUCUUGUAACAUUACAACUUUACGAUGUUUGCAGUUUUGAGUUUUUUUGCUGGUAACUUCAUAACUUUUUCCUCAUAACUUUACAUUUUUUGCACUUAACAUUACGACUUUUUCUUCUACUAUUAGCAUUUUUUUUUUGUAACAUUAAAAAAAAAAAAUUCUCGUCCGCGUGGCCCUGGUUACUCCUACAUUUAUCAGAGAUCUAUUUUGCCAUUCCCCCUCCCCAGUCCCAACUACUACUAUUAUUAACAUUACUACAAAGCUGUCAUUUCUCUGCCCUGUGAGGAGGGGUGGUCACCCCCACACUCCCUUUAAGGCAAGAGCUGGAGACUGCUUGGGGGGGAAAAAAAAAAAAGACAACCUUAGCGUGUGUAAAGCGAGCUGUAACUGCCAAAUGUACAGCUAGUGUGUACAUAAAUUUUUAUUUUUCACAUUUUUAAAGAGGCUUUGAGCAGGCUCAGCACAGUUAAUACGCAAAUACACUACUUUUGUUUCUUAUGAUUUAUUUGUUCUCAUUGGACUCACACAGAUAUAUUCAAUGUGCCAUUUUGCUUCCGAAAGCACUUGUUCCCAACCAAAGCAGGAGAUGGAACGGCGAUGCGUUCGCUUGCCGCCCCGCGAAUUAGAUGCCACGACUCCUCGUUAUUUUUUCAACAGUAUUAAUAAUCGUACUUAAAGGCUAUUUUCCACUUCCCGAUUUAUGUGAAAAAAGCACACGAGUCGUCCAACUUUACCAAAUACGCUAAAAUAGUUUUAUUUGGUGUUUAUGGCAAAAGCCCCGAAUGUUCUGUUUUUGUGAAGUUUGCAGAUGCCAACGUUGCCUGUAUUUAUGAAACGACUCCAUACACACACAAAAAAAUAACACACUUCAAAAUGUUUACAGUUUUGCUGUACAAACGUACAAAUAUAUCUUUUUAUAGUUAAAUGUGCUUUGCACAAUCAACAUAGAGAUUUUUCUUUUUUUCUUUUAUGGGUCUGUUGCCUCCCUUAAAGCGUUUGCCUUCACUUUACUUUUCUAAAGACAGAAAUUGCUAGCUGAUUCUCCCCCCCACCCCCCCACGUUAAACUGUUUUCCUAUUAUGGUGGCAAGGGAAAAACAAAACCAUAAUGGCAAAAUGAUAACAUGAGAUGAGGUCAUGUAAAGGGGGCGGGGCUGCUAGGCUUACAUUGCUUCUUGUUCUUUUCCGCUGGCGUCUAGAAAGCUACCAGCAAAGCAGAAAAAAAUAAAUAAAAGAUGACUAGUAA